CCAAGGAAAGAAAAAGUCUUCUUCCUCCUCCCCUCCGCCAUUCCUCCUCCUCCUCCUCCUCCUCACCCCGUCGCGUCGCCCAAAUUCACAUGGCUCUGCGUCUCAACGGCCAACUCGAUCCAGCCCACGACGACGAGACACCCAGCUUCUCCUCCCCCCUCCAAUUCCGCCUCCGCCUCGUCCUCCAAGCUCCUCCUCGCCGCCCCAGCUGACGACGGCCACCUGACCGCUCCUCCGUUCCUGGUUUCGGGCCCGCCUCUUCGAUUCUUUCCUGUCCACGGUCUCACCGCUGCCAUGGGCAAGAGUAAGAGGAACAAGGGUGGUCGCGGCGGCGGCGGCGGCGGCGGCGGCGGUGGCGGUGGAGAGGACCAAUUUGAUGUGGGGAGUGACGUCGAUAGCGUGAGUUCGGUGUCGACGGCGCUGACCGACCUCCAGCUCGCGCAGGCCACUGAGCAAGUCAACUCGCAGGAUUUUGUUCUUGAUAAGUACAUCGACGAUCUCUAUGAGAAGAGGGGAUCCACAAGAGAGGCAGCAUUAGGCGCUCUUGUUGAUGCUUUUGAAAGUUUUGUGCUACUUGAUUUAGUGGAAAACAAGUAUGCAACACUAUUGAGCCAAUUUAUCAAUUCAAUUAAAAAGGGCUCCAUAAAGGAGGUCUGUCUGGCUUGUCACGCCACUGGCUUACUGGCCAUAACACUUGGUGCUGGAAGUAGUUCACGUGAAGUAAUGGAUGAGACUCGCCCACAGCUUCUGAGAGUCCUCCAAACUUGGCCUGAUGUUUCAAAAAUGAUAUCCGCACUCGAUUGCUUAGCUAUUGUCACAUUUGUUGGUGCAACUGAUCUGGCUGAAACCCAGCUAUCUAUGAAAACCAUCUGGGAUGUGAUUCACCCUAAAUCAGGAUCAAAUGUUGGAGUUGUCAGAAAACCAAAGCCACCAUUGUUAGCUGCUGCUGUAUCUGCAUGGGGACUUCUUUUGACAACUAUUGUUCCAUCGAGAAGAAAUGCAGACUCUUGGAAAGAGUCAAUUACAUUUCUUUCUGCUCUUCUAGAAGCAGAAGAUCGUGCCGUCCGGAUGGCUGCUGGUGAAGCAUUAGCAUUAUGCUUUGAGUUAAAACUACUUGAUGUUUUCUCCAAUGAAGAUGCUGAGGUUGACACCAGAGAGGCUAGUAGUUCUAAGAACCAACUUUUCUUGAAUAUGCAAGCAUUGAAGGCCAAAAUAUCUGGUCUAGCCUAUAAUCUCUCUAUGGAAGCGGGCGGAAGAGGUGCUGACAAAAAAAAUCUGAAUGGUCAAAGGGACUUAUUCCAACAAAUCUCAGAUUUUAUUAAGACUGGUGAGUGCCUUGAAGAAUCACUUAGAAUUUCUGGCAAGCAUGCAAUUUUAAGAGUUACAUCUUGGCGUGAAUCAAUACAGUUGAACUAUUUGAGGCGGUUUCUUGGGCGAGGAUUUCUGAAGCAUGCACAAGACAAUGGAUUGCUACAUGAUAUCUUUGAUAUCAAAAUGGAUACAACUGAAAACAUGACAAACACUGAAAAGAAAAUCUAUAGGUCUGGAGAAGAGAAAGGAAGAGCUCUUAAGUUGAAUAAGGAGCGUCGUUUAGCCCAAAUGAGGAAGCAAAAUGUCUCAAACGAGCAAUAAAGAAUAGGGACGUCCCCUUCUUCCUGGAAUUUUGUAUAGCCAAAACCCUAUCAGGUAUUGAGUGUGUGUAUAGGCCAAUAUUAAUUCAUUUUCCAAGAGUGUUUCAAACAUACAAUGCUGUAGAUUAGAAUUCAAUGUCGCUGAAGAAACACUUUUGAAGGAUUAUUUGUAACCUCCUGCCUGAUACAGCUGAUUUA